AUGCCAAAACAAAAAAAAAAUAAAAGUACGAAAAGUCCGAAGACCAAAAAACCUGCGAAAAAGACCAAAAACGGAAAUGCGUUCUUCGUUUACAGAACGUUAUUAAGUUCAGGAAGUAAUAGAAUGGAAGAUCAUUCCGUGAUCGCAAGUAGAGAAUGGAGUAAUUUGAACGAAGAACAAAAAAAAAUUUACUUUGAAAUCUACGAAUUGGUCGUCAAUAAAUAUUCAGUAGAUACGAAUGCGGAUGGUCAUCCGUUUAUCACUUUACAAUAUAAUCCAAAUAUCAAUAAAGAAGAAAGUAUCGAAUUCAACUACUCUAAUUUAAAAAGAAUUUACGAUAUGUUGUCCGAAAAGAAAUCUUCAACAGGUUUCCAAUCGAAUGACAACACAAUGGAAGAAAUUCCAACAAUACAAAAUGACAAUCUUACAAUUAAUUAUCCUUAUUAUUACGAUCAAACGCAAAUCAUUUC